CGCCCUUCUUACGCGACCGUUCCAUCCUGGAAAAACACAGGUUACUUACUAGCAUAAGCAUUGGCAUGGCAUAGCACAGCCGCUAGAAAGCCUGUUACAGUACAAGCCAACACGGGCUGUUAUUUGAAGAUGGUCUAGCUGCACAUGGUACCAAUGAUGAGACGGGAUGAACAGAUAUCAUAGACGCAUUGAGAUGGACCUGGCUUUAGGGUCAUCAAAGCCUUAUGGGCCAUCCAGGAGUAUCGUCAGACGGAUCGCCACAAGUCUUCCUCUGGCACCUUGUCCUCGUGUCCACUUUCAGCUUCAUCCGUUUGCUGCUGGAGCGGGUCUUCUGAACAAUUCAAACGGACUAAAUGGGCCUGUGGCCACGUUUGCUGACGUCGGAUGGAUCGACAAAGAAGAAAGUGAUGUGGUUGGUGGAAAUAGGUUUGAGGAAAAUUCUGGGUUGUUUUUACGCACCCAGCAGCGCAGACCCCUGAGACGCCAGCGCUCAUUACCCAGCCUGCAUCAGGCCGAGCCAGCGCCACAGAGUCAGACGGUUCUCAACGAUGAAGCCAUUCAGAAGAUUAGCGCUCUUGAGUCCGAGCUGGCCAAACUCCGACUACAAAUCGCACAGAUUGUUCAGGCACAGGAGCAAAGCGCUCCGUCUGCAGCUCCAGGUGGUCCUCCCGUAACCCUGACUCCACCCAUGGCUCCUAUCCCACCACCGCCCCCUCCUCCACCUCCUCCGUGCCCCGCCCCCGGCAUGCAGAGAAGCUAUUCUGCCAUUGACCUCAUCAAAGAGCGUCGUGGGAAGAAGGCGGGACUCAACACCAUACUGGACCACGAACCCAAAAAGCCAGAACUUCUGAAUAUGCUGGAUGUGCUGAAAGAUUUGGGUAAAGUGAAGCUACGCUCGGUUAAGAGUCGGCCAGAUGAUGGCGACACUAAACCCAAGCCCGCUGAACCCACAGAUGCGGCAGCGCUGAUCGCUGAGGCGCUAAAACGCAAAUUCGCUCACCGCUACCGUAGCGAUAGUGAGUGUGACGGCGGUUUUAACCUGCCGGCAUGCGAAAAUAGACCUUGUGUAGAAACAUCACCACUGUUUGGUCAGCAUAUGCUGAAAUCGACUGGAAGUAAAAAGCUUUACUAGACUGGUUACAGAAGCUACACAUCCUGUUAGUGCGUUAACCAAAUGACUUGUUAACACUAUUCUACAUCAGCAUUGUUGUGUAUCUUUGAUUUUGCACUUUGAAGCGAUUAUCUCUGUCAGUAUGUGUUGUACCACAGUCGUCGUAUUGCAUGUACGUUUAAAGGGAUAGUUCACCCAAAAAUGAAAAUUCUGUCAUUUACUCACCCUCAUGUAAUUUCAUACCUGUAUAAAUGAAAAAAGAUAUUUGGAAGAAUGUUACCAUUUUCAGUUCUGGGACAUCACUGACUUCCAUAGUAGGAAAAAUGAAAUGGUAGUCAAAGGUGCUCCAGAACUGUAUGUUUUUCAAAAUUUUGGGAAAUAUCUCAUUUACUGUUCAACAGAACAAAAAAGAUACCUUUUUUUACUAUGGUAAUGGAUGAUGUCCCAGAACUGAAAAUUGCUAACAUUCUUUCAAAUAUCCCUCUCUGUGUUCUUUAGAACGAAGUCAUUUAUACAGGUAUGAAACAACCGGGGGGUGAGUAAAUGACAGAAAUUUCAGUUUUGGGUGGACUAUUCCUUUUACAUUAAUGCCAGUUUUGUGAAAAUGUGAUUUUGUUGUGUUUUUAUGCAUGUAAGAUUUUAUUUGUUUUUAGUUUAAUCUGUUUAGGUCAACAGUGCAAGUCCUCAGAUUUGCUGAAUUUCUCAUUUUAUGGGAUAUUAGACGCCAAAGCAAAGGGUUUUUCUAGCUACCGCUUUGCAUAAUACCUAAACCAAAAAAUUGUCUUAACUUCAAAGGUACAAUUACUUUUUGGGAAAUCACUACUUUACAUCUGUCUGACAGAAAUGUGUGUGCCUGAAACAAUGAACCAUGUCUAAUUGUCAGUAGGUGCUGUUUCAUAGUAUUUUCUGAUCUGCUUUAUUUUAUCUUUUUAUUUAAAUGGCAUUUUUAGAUUUAAUAUAUUUUUGAACAUUUGUGUUUCUUUAGCUGUUUAACAAAUCACUUGAAUAAUGUAGUUUCUUUUAUGUGAAACUGGAUUAACAUCAUCUUGCCAUUUCUUUAGUCACAUUUUUUUGACAGUGUUAGUACUAUGGUUUUUCUUUUGCACAUACUAAACUAAAUUAUUCUGUUGUGCACAAGAGCAACAAACACUAAAGGCACGUGAAACGCCUGUGUAUUUGCAUAAAUAUAUAUAGAGAGAGCGAGUGAGAAUUCUGAUUUCAAGCAUUUGUAGACUGUAAUAACAUGUAAACUUGAUGGUUAAAGCACAUAGGAACAAUACCUCAGAAUUAAAGGGAAUCUCUUGACUGAGCGGUUUUGGUACUUCAUAAAUUAGGAUCAUUUAAGUUUUUUCACACUAUAGAAACAACUGCUUGAAUUGAUUUUAAUUUCUUAAAUAAAACUACAGUUAAUCA